UUAUUUUAUAGAUUUAAAAUGAUUUCAGUGCCCACUGUAGUGACUUGGCUGUUCUACUGAGUAGGCUUAGGAGUUCUAGGCUAUCUAUGAAAGUACAUCCUUCCUAUUGAGGAAUUUGUGUUUACCAACAUGUUCCUUAUUCAUUUUGAGAUAAGAUCAGCAUGGAAAAUGUGUGAAUCACGAGCAAGAGAUCCUCAGGCAUGGCUUCCAAGAAAAAUAUUUUUUGAUUUAUUUAGGGUUUAUUAUUCUCCGGUGUUAUACCAGCUGCUGUUUAUUCAGGAACCUGAUUUGAUGAGUUUUGUAUACUUUUUACCCAAGUUUAUCAUCCUUGAGUUCAGUAUUUAUGCAAUUACAGAUGAUACAUUCGAUUGGGCAUAUAAAAACAACAAGAUCACAAGAACGUUAUAUUGCCUUCUGUUUAACUACCUGAUGUGCUUGGACUACAUUGAAGCUUUGGAAAAUGUCAACACUCUUAGAAUUGAGGUACCUGUUCCUAAAUUAGAUGCUAGCCCAACUGAAUUCAUAGGACAAGCAAGCACUGAGGUUGCUAAACAAAUCUUCCCAGGAGUCCAGUUUUUGCGCAUCUUAUUUUACGCUGACCUCUCUCAGGCUUCUUGUAUCAGCCAGAUAAAUAUUAUUGAGGACUUUAUUCUAACGAAAUUUGCCAAAAUUAAGGACGAAGUGAACUUCCAAGGAUUCUUGGUGGACAUUAUUGUGUUCUUCUAUCUGAACUUGACUACUGUGAUCUUAAUCAUGAUCAAAAUCAGCUUGAAGGAAGUUUCAGUGGGGGAAGUCCAUUUAGGCAAGGAUUAUCAAAUCUAUUACGAUGACCAUCUUCCCUCCAAUUUUAAUGGCUAUGACCUGGACUUUAUUGCCAAGGCAGUGUAUUUGACAAUCUUCCUCCUCCCAGUAUGAGAUGGAAUCCAAAGAAAUCAUGGCGAGAAAGGAAUCUUGUUCAGAUUUAGAAGCUUAUUCCCAAACAUGACAUCUUUCAAGUCCAAGAUCAAAGUUAAGGAGGAUUAACGAUCAAUUUUUAAGACUCAGGAGUUAACAAUUUCAAUGCUC